AUGAGAGUGGAGGGGGGAUUAUUGAAGCACAAGGGCAGAUUGGUGAUUGGGUCCCAUGGCGAACUAAGAGAGAAACUGAUCAACGAGUUCCACAACACUACUCUUGGGGGGCACUCUAGGGUCCAAGUGACUUACCACAUGCUGAAAGCACUCUUUUACUGGAAGGGAAUGAAGAAAGAGGUUAAGCAGUUUGUUAGAAGCUUUGAUAAUUGUCAGAGAAACAAGAUUGAAAACAUACACCCCCCGGGUUUAUUGCAGCCCUUAGCUAUUCCUAACCAAGCCUGGGCUCAGGUAUCUAUGGAAUUUAUUGAAGGACUACCCAAGUCCAACAAUAAAUAUGUUAUUAUGGUAGUGGUGGAUAGAUUCACAAAGUAUGCUCACUUCAUCAGCUUGGCUCAUCCAUUCUCUGCUAAAGGUGUGGUUAAUCCAUACAUGGAGAAUGAAAGAAUGCACAUGAUGACAGCCCUCAAAGACAAUUUGAGGAUAGCACAGCAGAGAAUGAAACAUUAUGCUGAUAAGAAUAGGUCUGAAAGAUCAUUUGUAGUGGGGGAUUGGGUCUACCUCAAGUUACAGCCUUACAAACAAGUCACCAUGGCUGUUAUAAGGAAUGUCAAACUGAGUUCUAAGUUCUAUGGGCCCUAUGAAGUGUUGGAAAGAGUAGGGCAAGUGGCUUACAAGUUGAAACUGCCAGCAGGGGCCUUAAUUCAUCCAGUUUUCCAUAUAUCACAGCUCAAAAGAAGGGUUAACAGAGGAAGACAAGCUCAGUUGGAACCUCCCAAGUGGGCCAACUUGUCUCCAGAUGAAGCUACAUGGGAGGAAUACCACCACCUCAUGUCUCAGUUUCCUAACUUUAAACCUUGA